GAUGGCACCCGAGGUGCUGGAGCAGCUGCACGGAUACGACUACAAGGCGGACAUAUGGUCGCUGGGCAUCACGGCUCUGGAGCUAGCGCACGGCCACGCGCCUUUCUCUAAGUACCCGCCCAUGAAGGUGCUGCUAAUGACGCUGCAGGGAGCACCUCCGGGGCUGGACCUUGAGAGGGACCGCCGCUUCUCCAAGUCGUUCAAGGAGAUCAUAGCCAUGUGUCUGGUGAAGGAGCCGUCCAAGCGCCCCACAGCGGAGAAGCUCAUGAAGCACGCCUUCUUCAAGCAGGCGCGCGACGCCGACUACGUUUACCACCACCUGCUGCACGGUCUGCCCACGCUGGGCGAGAGAGUGCAGAUGCUCAAGGAGAAGGAGCUGGCGCGCCUGGCAGCCAACAAGGACCCCAUGAACGUGCAGGAGGAGCGCUCGCAGAGUCAAUACCGCCUGGGCGUCAGCGGGUGGAGCUUCAAUGUGCAACAACUCAAACAUGAAGCAUCCACGAUCUGGGACCCGGACGAGCAGCCGCCUACGAUUCCCGAGAACGAGCUGCUGCUGCUCCCAGGGGGCUCCGCGCCAAGCUCUGCAGGGCCUUCGUCUCGCAGGGGGAGUGAUAACGCGGAGGAGGGCGGGAAGCAGGGAGCAGGGGCGGGAGCAGGGGCAAAGGCACCGCCUCAGGGACAGGCACAGGGACAAGGGCAGGGACAGGGACCGGUGAAGAUUCAGGGGCAGGUCCAAGCGCAGAGGGCGGAGUCUGGGCGGGAGAGAAGGGAGCUGGGUGAUCAGCAGCAACGGGAUGAGGCUCGGCGUGAGGAUCGGCAUGAGAGCCGUGAGCGGGCGAUGUCGCAGCAGCAGGCUGUGCAGCAGCAGCAGCAGCAGCAGCAGCAGCAGCAGCAGCAGCAGCAGCAGCAGCAGAGGCAGGAGAUGCAGGAGAAGCAGGAGAAGCAGGAGAAGCAGGAGAAGCAGGAGAAGCAGGAGAAGCAGGAGAAGCAGGAGAGACAGGAGAGGCAUGAGAAGAUUUUUUCGGACAGUGAGGGAGGGGUGGUGAAGGUUACGGGAAGGGGAUCCGAGGAGAAGCAGGCAGGGAGGGUUGGAGAGGGGGAUGGCGUGAGGGAGAAGAAGGUGGGGGAGGAGCGAAAGGCGAAGGAGGGAAUGGGAAUGCCUGAUGAUGGUAAGCACGAGGAGCAUUUACAUCAGGAGCGGCAGCAGCACCAGGAGCAGGUGGAGCAAGAGCGUAGACGUGUGAGUGGGGAGAAAGAAGGGGUCGGACAGAUGGUGGGGAGUGCUGGGGACGCAGAGGGAAGGCGUGGGAGUGAGGAGGUGGAGGCAGGGAAGCAGAGUCAGGCGGAGAGGGAGAGAGAUGAUGGAAUGGGGGUUGGAACGAGGAGGGAUGAGGAGGAGAGGGUUGUUGACACUGGGAAGCAGCAGCAGCAGGAGCAGGAGGUGGGGAGGCGAGAGAGAGCUGAUGCAUUUGUGGGCUCGGAGGGGAGGGGAAGCAGGGAGGAGUGGAGGUUAGGGGAGGAGCGCGGAGGGAAAGGGCAGGAGCAAGUUGAUCGGAGGGAAGGAGCUGUGGCAGGUGCCGACUUUGCUCCCUUAGCUCAACGGGACAGGGUAGUGGAAGAGCGUCAGCUGCACGCUCAGCAGCAGCAGCAGCAGCAGCAGUUGCAGAGGAAGAAGCAGGACCUUGCAAUGCUCAUGGAUCGGGAUUCAGACAAGGAAGCAGCAGCUGUGCGGCUGAGGGAAGCGGACGAGGCGGCACACGCACGCGCAACAGCACGAGAGGGCGGGCCUAGAGGGAGUAACGAGGCGGAUAGUACCGGGGACGGACGCGAGCGGGAGGGGUCUGAUGGUGCAGGGGUGUUGGAUCAGCAGUCAGGAGGGACAAGGCAGAGUGUGGGUGCGAGGCAGGAGGGAGGGUUAGGUGGUGUGGGUGCGGGUGAGUUUUACGCAACCCAUAGGGAUGAGCUGUGGGACUGGCAGCAGCAGCAGCAGCAGUGGGAGUGGCAGCAGCAGGAGUGGCAUUGGCAGCAGCAGCAGCAGCGGCAGCGGCAGCAGCAGCUGGCACUCCAGGACCCAGCAGCAACGGCAGCGGUCAUUGCAGCAGCAGCAGCCGCAGCAGCAGCAGGGGGAGGGCCUAGGGCCGGCGUGGGAGGAACAAGCACGUGGUGGGAGGGGGAGGUUCCGCCGGCACAUGCAGGAUCGAGCUGGUUGGCUUGGCAGGCUAUGCAGGCAGGGCAGCAUAUGGAAGGGGUGCCGGCGUCAGUGUCCGCUGCGCGGGUGGAGGGAGCAGAAGCAGCGCUGAUAGAGCAAUGGAGGCACGCUCAGGCUGUGGCUAUAGCAGCUGCUGCUGCAUCGGACGGGCAUGGGGGAAUCCUUCCCCCGCGCACGUCCCCUACUGCUACUGCUGCUGCCGGUACUGCCGGUACUGCCGCAGCUGCUGGUGCUGCUGCUGCUCCUGCUUCUGCUGCUGCUCCUGCUGGUGCCACCGCUGUGGCUGCUGCUGCUGCUGCUGCUGCGACAGGGGCAUUGGUUUCUGCUGCCCCUGGUGCCGCAGCGCCUGCUGUGUCUGCUGAGGCUGGGUCUGGUACACAAGAUGGCGGAACAGAGCUUGAGCCGUCACUCUCGAGUGAGCAACCGCCAUCGCUGAACGACACAUCACGCCUGGACUACCAUCCGGGCAGGUGGAAUGCGUCCAUGCCGCUGAACCGGUUCGGAGAGCCCAUGAUGGAUCCCACCACGUCGCUGCUGCUCGCCUCCUCCCUGCACCCCCACGCCUCGCACGGCGCACGCUCCGCACUCCUGCACUCCCUGCACUCGCUGCCGCUCCCAGACAAGGCAGGCCCGAGGCACUCUCUGGAGGACGCGGGGUCGCAGGGCCAAAUGGACCCGCGGUACUCCAGCUCCUCCUACGACCUCGAAUCCACCGAGGGCGGGUCGCUGCCCCCCACGCCCCUGGCAGUGCAUGACGUGCGUCACGUGGUGGUGGAAACACCUUUUGCAGGCAUCAUGCUGCACCUCGGUUCGCUGCUGCGCCAGGCCACCGAGCAACAGGAGGUGAUCUACAGCCUGCUUCACUUCCUCUCCCCUGGCUAUGGCGAUACAGGUGUCAUUGCACCUGAAUCCGUGCCUGAGAUAUCAGAACCCUCUGCAGCAGAGCGAUCUUUGAGACGUUCAAGUGAGGAGGGCGUGGGGGUGGCUGAUGCAGCAGCGAGAGUCGGAGGAGAGAGAAAAGGGGAAAGUGGAAAGCGGGUGGAUGGGCGGGUGGUUGAUAGGGGUGAGGAGAAGGGGGAGGAGGGGAGCGAGAGGGGAAUGGAAGAGGAGGGUGAGGGCAAAGCGGCGGAUGGGGAGGGGGAGAAUGAAGGGGAGGAUGGGAGAUUCGUAGCUGCUGCGUCGUCCAGGGAUAGCCUCGGCUCGUAUGACGACUCUAUUGUGGAGGUGGCAGCGGACAGGGAGAAGGACCUGAGCCAGCAGGUGGGGGAGCUGGACUCGCGGAUCGUCUUCCUGCAGAACGAACUCGCUGCUCUUAGGAAUCAGAAUGCCCAGCUGGAGCGGCAGCUGAAUGCGUUUUACAACGAGGAGGAGGCCGACGAGGGCGACAACAUGAGGACUCAUGUCACUGCUGCCGCUGCUGUUGCUGCUGCUGCUGCUGCCGCCGCCACUGUUGCUGCCGCUGUGCUGUCUCUCGCUCCCAUCUCAACAUCGGUCCCUCCUCCUUUUCUCGCCUCCGCUUUCCAUUUCCAACCCCCGUGGGCUUGCUGGCUUUGCCAUGUAGUGGCAAUGCCGAGCCUUCCCGUGACCAACCCCACCACUCGGUGUGUCAGCGAUAAGUUCGGAUUUUAA